UUUAACUAGAAUUUUUAAAGAAAGACGAAUAUGACAACCUCAUUUAUAUUCCUUUACACCACCUCUCCCCCUUCAUUAUUAUUUGGUCUUCUCUCCCAAAUCAAUCCUCUCUGUCUCUCUCUUCAAUCCCGCGUUUGCUCACUGAAACUAACUGAUUUCAUGUUAAUGGAGAGUUUAAUGAUGGAAGAGAAGAAGCAACUAGAUUUCAACCGCCCUCUUAUAUCCAUUAGACGGCCUAUACAACCCGAUAGCAAAAGAAGAUCUUCUGAUUCAGUAACCAACAAGAUCCCUCCUUCUCCACCGGUUUACAAGUCUGACAUCAACUCAGGUCCUGUGAGGAAUCCAGGAACUGUCCCUUUUCAAUGGGAACACAAGCCUGGAAAGCCGAAAGACGAAACUAAACCUGAGUUACAAAGUGUUGUUGUUGAGCAACAUUUUGUACCAAAGCUUCCUCCUGGGAGGAUUGUGAAAGCUAGAGAACCAGAAGAGUUAGUGAGGAAGCCUGAAACUAGAACUAAUCAUGUGGAGGAUGCAAAGAGUUGUAGUUCUUGGUAUGAUGAUGAUGAGAGUGAUGAUACUUAUCUUGAUGCAACUGAUACACUUUCAAGAUCUGAGUCAUUCUUCUUCAACUGUAGUAAUGUUAGUGGUCAGGGGAUGCUAGUAGAGCCGUUUGGAACCUUAUCGAGUGACCGACAAACUCAGGAUCUAAUGAUGGGGAGAUUCUUGCCUGCUGCUAAAGCCUUGACUUCGGAGACACCUCCACAUCUUGCUAGAAAACCGCCUAAACCAGAGGAACCGGCUAGGCGGAUAGUGGUGGUUAAGGAGAAACAAAACAAAGCAGACCAAAACCCAUACCGGUUUCAUCAUUCUCCUGUUGAAGAAGAGGAAGAUGGAGACACGAACAGCAUGAUGGCUUCUGGUGUUUGUGGAUUACUCCCUCAGAUUUGCCUGAGAAGCUCUUUUGGAGUGUUGAAUCCAGUUCCGUCUGUGAGAAGGCAGGCACAGAGAGGUGUUUCUGUUCGCCGCAUGCGUUCUAAGUAUCAAGAUCCUACUACUACUACACCUUGUAAUGAGAAUCAUAAGGUGAAGCUAAAUGGAUCUUCUACUCCAGAAGGGAAAGAGAGACUAGAGAACUUGAGCUCAGCUUCACGCACUAAAACCAGCAAGAACUUUGGUGAGCUCUUGGCUAGUGAUGACAAUACAUGGGAGCCUUCUUCUGAGGCUCCUGUUGUUGAGAAAACUCUGUAUGUAGACACUGUGCAUUCAGUAGACAAGAAGGUACAAGAAGAGUCUUUAUUAAAAGAUUAUCCUUCACUAGAAGUUGUUCCUGUUAAAGAAGAUGUUCAAAACUUGAAUGGAGCAAGUGAAGAAGCUAUCUCAGGUCUAAAAGUUGAAGAAUGUGCUGAUCAGGCUUUUGCUGAAGUAGUAGAGAUUACAAAGGAGAAGAGUGAUCUUGAAGUCAAACUGCAGCAGGGCAACAAAACGGAUCUUGAAAGUUCAAGGUUUCAUCAUCAUCACAUUGUUGCACCACCACCAUUACCAAAAGCUCCUUCAGAUUCUUGGUUAAAGCGUACGUUGCCAACAAUCCCAUCAAAGAACAACUCAUUCACAUGGUUGCAGUCUCUUGGCAUUGAUGAUAAUAAUAAUCAAAUCACCAAGAGUAUUCAAGAAAAUCUCAAGUGGGAAACUAUGGUCAAAACCUCCAAUACACAACAAGGGUUUGUGUGCAUCUCCAAGGACACACUCAACCCUAUACCAGAGGCAUAGCAAAAUACCAAAUUACAUGUAAAUUUCAACAAUAAAGAAAGGAUGGGCCAAUAAAGUUUAGUUUGUUUUUGUUCAUCUUCCAAAUUUUCUCCUCUUUAAUUAUAUGUAAAUCUGAAAUAAAAGGUUCCUAAAAAGAGAAAAGCUAUGGAGAUGAAAUAAAAGGUCUCAAAUAUUGUCUGUCA